AUGAAAAUCAGACAUCAGAAAAGUCAGAGUAAUUCAAAUUUGGCAUCUGGAAUAAGAGAGGAACACGAUUAUUGUGUUACUGUUAGUGACAAUUUAAAUGUAAUAAAACUUGUAUCAAAUAUCGCCGGAGGCAGAAGUGAUGAAGAAGAUGAACUUAUAUAUGAUAGAACUGAUAUACUACCAGACAACCUAGUUCCUUUAAAUUUUUGUAGAUUUAUUAUUGAAAUUGAUCUGAUUAUUCAAGGCCUUGAGUCAUGUUCAAAUUGUAUGAAACACCUUCAUCUGAAGGAUUCAUUAGGUGUUUUACCAAGAGGGUUAGGAGGAUGGCUUUACAUAGAAUGUAAGCAAUGUAUUCGAGUUAAGAAAAUCCCACUGUCAAAGCGUCAUUUUACAACACCGAGCAAAAGUGGUCCAGGAGUUUUUGAUGUAAACACCAAAAUUGCAACAGGAAUGCUUCACGUAGGCCUUGGUGAGACCCAACUUAGUAAUCUGUUGGCUUCGGUGAAUCUUCACUAUUUGAGCGUAUCUGGGUUAAAGACGAGAGAAGAAGAAGUUGGGGCAGCAUUGGAUUCAUAUGCUGAAGAAUCCAUGAUAAAAUAUCUAAAUAUGGAGUCUAAUUUACAGGAAAAUACUCAUGGAUGUGCAUCACUGAUUGGACAGAAGACCGGGAAGGUAUUGAAUGUAAAAAUAAAAUCAAAAAAUUGCAGGACUUGUGAUGUUGCCAAAAGAAAAGGUAUAGUUCCAAAAGAGCACAAAUGCAGCAAAAACCAUACAGGCUCAUCUAAAGGCAUGGAGCCAGCUUUAGUGGUUGAUAUGAUAAAAGAUGUAAUAAAUAAGGGUGUCGAUAUUAAAGAAAUUGCUGGUGAUGAUGACACUACAGGUUUUCAAAGGGCACAAAACGUUCUUAAAAUAAAACUUAAGAAAAGAUCGGACAAAAACCAUAUCAAGAAAAACAUAUCAAAACAGUUAUAUGCAAUAAAAAAGAAUUACAAAGAAUUGUCACAAAGGGUCAUCAAUUACAUCAUGCAGAAUUUUUCAUACAUGGUUGCGCAAAAUAAAAAAAACACAGAAGGUGUAACAACUGGCUUGAAAGCAAUGGUAGGACAUAUUUUUGGUGACCAUAGCUUCUGUAAUACCAAGUGGUGUGUCUUCCUUGAACACCCUUUGGCAAAAUUUAGUAAGUUACCAUACGGCAAACCACUUCAAAAUCCAGAGCUGAGGAAGGAACUGGAUAGAAUUUUUAUUAAAAAAUUAUCAAUUCAAGCAGAAAAACUUGCAAAUCUUGCUAGCACUCAAACAAAUGAAAAUCUCAACCAAAUGUUAGCAACAAAAGCACCUAAAUAUAAACAUUAUUCUGCAUCUAACAGUCUAAGUUACAGGUUUAGUGCAACAGUGGCACAGAAAAAUGAAGGCCACAGAUAUGUGCAUGAGGUUCAUGAAUCAAUGGGGCUCUCACCAGGCAAUUUUACCAUAAAGCGUGCUGCCUUCAUGGAUAAGAUCAGAAGAAAGUACAGUAAAUUACAGAAGACGAGGAAAUAUAAAAGGAGAAGAAUUGAGCUAAAGUCGGAGAAAUGUAACAGCAAUGGUAUAGCAGAAGUUCUAGAGGGAACAACUUAUGAAACCAAUAUUGACAUUGAGGAUGAUAUAACUGACCAACUAGAAGAAAUUCCAACUUGGAAACAGAUAACAGCUGAGGAAAACUUUCCAAUUUUAGUAUUUGAUCUUGAAACUACAGGCUUGUCUCGUCAGUCAGAUAUUGUACAGAUAGCAGCUUUAACUGAGAAUGAAACUUUCUCAGCCUAUGUUAUGCCAUCAAAGAAGAUAACACCACAGGCAUCUGAUAUAACAAAACUUGCAUUCUUUGAUGGGCAAAUGUACUAUGAUGAAGUUCCUUUGGAAAGUUCACCACCAUUUGAAGUCUUUACUAAUCUUAUUGCUUUUUUGUCCAAGUUUCCUUCUAAACCAACACUUGUUGGACACAAUAUAAAAACGUUUGACUGCCAUAUACUGUAUAAUCAAUUGAAUAAAUUGAAGAUGUGGGAUGAAUUUUGCCUGUAUUUUAAUGGGUUCAUUGACACAAGAAUAUUGUUUAGGAGUGAAUAUCCAGGUCGUCAAAGUUACAAGCAGUGUGAUUUAGUGUCAGAUUUUUUUGGGGGAAAGUUAUGAUGCACAUAAUGCUUUGUAUGACUGUAAAUCUUUAUUUAAACUGGUGCGAUCACAUGGAAAUUUAGCUUCUCAUUUCUGUAAGUAUACAUUUGAUGGAAUGUACCCAAAAUAUUGCCAAAAUGACUUAUCUUUCAAAGCUCUUGUUGAAAAUAAAGUAAUGUCAAAACAAUUAGCCAAAAAGGCAGCUUCAACUGGGUUGUGCAAGAAGCAUUUUAUUUUGUCAAUUCAAAGAAAUGGUAUUGAUGGACUGAGGGCACUUUUGUCUCAAAAAAAUAGUUCAGGUGUAGUACGUGUUACAACAUCAAAAUCUAUCAUUCAGAAGGUGUAUGAUUUUUUUGUUAUAUGAAAUGAAGAGUAAAUUGUUUUAGAUUCCAUAUGAAUCUGAUUAUAUAUACAUUGUAGAAUUUAAAUGGAACAUAUUAUGGUGAAUGCUACUAGAGAUUAACAGAAAUUUUAAUCUACAGACAUACUUGCUUCUGUGACCAAGCUUCUAUUAUAUCAAUUAGCAAUAAUUGUUAUUAUCAAAGAAACCUACUUCUUAGGAUGCUAAAUCUUUGACCUUAUGGAGAAUCAGGUCAAUAUAUAUAAUAUAAAGAUUUAAAUACUACAUUGCACCAUAAAUGUUAAAGUUAAUAUUUGUUUGUGAGCUAAAUUUUUGGAUAAGAGAUUAGAAAAAUUUGACUGGUCCUGUAGUCUACUACGCAUACCUUAUUUUUUAGCAAUUUGAUUGAUCCGUCCAUGCUGAAUGUCAGGAAAUAGAAUUUUAGUAG